GUUUGUUGUUUCAAUCGAUAUGUUCCAGCGUUUUGGAUGCGGCAUCCCUCCAGAGACUACAAGAGUCUGUUCCCAUUCUGAUGUGUAAUCUAGAAAAAAUAAUGCCUCCAUCGUUUUUCGAUACAAUGGAACAUCUCAUAAUACAUCUUCCGUAUGAGGCUUUGACUGCUGGGCCCGUCUUCUAUCGCUGGAUGUACAGAUUUGAAAGAUUUCUAGGAGAGCUGAAAAAGAAAGUGACCAACAAGGCACACGUUGAGGCUUCAAUUUGUCAAGCGUAUCUUCAACAAGAAAUCUCAACGUUCUCGUCUUUUUACUUCGAGCGUGACGUCAUCACCAGAAGGAAGAGACCUGCCCGGAACGAUGACAUUGGCGAGGAUUUAUAUGAAAAUGUAGUUUCCAUCUUCAAUUACCCAGGCAGAGGUAAAGGUGCUGCGACACAACGAUACAUCCUGGGUGGGGAAUUGCAAAUUGCGCAUACUUAUAUCCUCAUGAAUUGUCCAGAAAUCUCACCGUUUUAUCA